UACCGGAAGCUUUGGUUCCUUGUCCACGGACCACCAAAACGGUGUGGAACACACUGAAGGAAUGACCUAGCUGCAAGUGCGACACUAUAUUUCAAUUUGGGAGGGGCGACGUGCUUCGAACGAAAUUGCCCGAGGUUUUUUGUACAAGGUUUUAUUCGACGAGGCUUGGCCGCACGAUGUACGGCUGAGACCGAGGGGGACUCGACUCGCCGCAGCCUCACACGCACACAGACACUAAAGCUCUCGAGCAACUUGAGAGCUAGCUGAGCACGAUGAUGAACCGAGCCAAGCUACUUCAACGCGCUGCCAAGGUGGGUGCCGGCGCUCUGCUGGGCGGUUCGGUGCUGACGGGCGUCACAGCUUUUAGCAGUGACCAGAUUGAAGCGCUGCACUACGGUUUUGACCACCAGGGUCCGCUGUCCUCGUUCGACUACGCCAGCGUGCGUCGUGGUUACCAGGUUUAUCGCGAAGUGUGCGCGUCUUGCCACAGCUUGGACCGUAUCUGCUUCCGCAACUUGGUGGGAGUGACCCACACGGAGGAGGAGCUUAAGGCCAUUGCUGCCGACAUUGAUGUUGUCGAUGGCCCCAACGACGAGGGUGAGAUGUUUGAGCGUCCCGGUAAGCUGUCAGACCCGCUUCCCCGGCCGUACCCGAACGACGAGGCUGCCGCGGCUGCCAACAACGGUGCCAUCCCACCUGAUCUUUCGUUGAUGGCUAAGGCUCGCCACGCUGGCGCCGACUACCUGUUCGCGCUGCUGACGGGAUACGUGGACCCUCCUGAGGGCACGGAGCUGCUGCCUGGCCUGUACUACAACCCGUACUUUGGUGGCGGUGCUAUUGCCAUGGAACGUCAGCUGCAGGAUGGCCAGAUUGAGUACGAGGACGGCACCCCGUGCACGACCUCGCAAAUGGCUAAGGACGUAUCGGUCUUCCUUGCGUGGGCCGCUGAGCCGGAGCACGACGUGCGGAAGAAGCAGGGUAUGCAGACAACCAUUGCACUGCUGGCUCUGUGCGCACUUACGGGCUACUACAAGCGCCUGAAAUGGGCGCCGCUCAAGACCCGUAAAAUCACCUACACCAAGUAAGACGGGAGGUUGUGGCCGACGCAUGGUGUGCGAGGAGGAGUUGACGCAAGGGAGUGGUAGAGCAGGCAGGCGUCAGGAGCUUUUUGCUUUGGUUCGUUAGUCGUUCCAGAAGAAUGGAGCGUUGCUCUCAUCCCUCGAGCGAACGAGUGAAAGAGGAAGGAGACAGACGCGCACACGAUGCACGGAGAGACCGACCGUCGAGACAAUAAAUAAAGGAGGAGUGGCGUUUGGCAUUCUGACAGGAGGAGGUGUGAGCAGGACUUGAAAACUUGAAAAAAAAUACACAGACACGUAAAGAAAGCUGCUGAGUCUUGUCAAGGGAAGCAGCAUGAACAGGUUAAGCUUUCGUUAGUAAGAGGCUCUCACUGAGAGCCUUGUGACAGCACCACCGGCACGAGCAAUUGAAUUGUCGAUUAGGAUCGUAUGGAUGCAGCGUAGUUUACGCGUUAAGUACGAUUUGAAUGGCUGGCCGU